AUGUCCCCUAUCGAUGACGAUGUCCACAAUGUUGCCGACUCUGCUCCUGCAGGCUCCUCCGAUGAGACCCGUCUCGAUAAAACGGAAGGAGGCGAAAACAACCAGGCGGGAAAGGAAGAAGAUAACAGCACAGGUGCUGCUUUGAACUCCCCGAUCGAUAAAGAUGGCAAGCUGGAGGGUCGCGAAGAGCCCCUGACACCGGAAAGGGAGAGGGAAGACGAUGUGGACGCGUCCAAGGAGGACGAGGACGAUGAGGAGGACAAUGGGCACGACCAGGUGAAACCCGAGCCGACACCCGAGACAGACGUCACAGCUACCGAGCAUCCUUCCCCGGCGGAAACUGAGGAUGAUAAAAUAGAAGGUACGACUAAAGUACGGGAUGAUGUCGACGAGGAGAGUGACGGAGAGUCCAUAGUGUCACUCGAAACGCAAAUGAAUGAGUCAAGACAGGUGACGAAGCCUACCACCACUGCCACUACCACCACUACACCUACUCAAGUACCUACUGCUGGCAAGAGCAUCCACCUAGCGGCCGAUCGCAAAGCGUCGUCCGAUGCCAAAACAAUGCCUCCGCCAAAGGCGAAACGAGUCGAACGAUCAUCCACGAUUCCUCCGGACGAGACGCCCGUCGUCGAGACCGCUCGCUCCGUAUCGGCUCCGUUUCUCAAGAGCGCACGGGUGGAGUCUAAGCCGGUGGUCGCGAAGAAGGUGACUGUGGGAAGUGGUGGUGCUGCUGCUGCUGCUGGCGGUGGUGGCAGCGUGUCUCAACGUAUCAAGCAGUUUCAGCAGCUCGCGUCCACGAAGCAGAAGGCUACUUUCGUCGUCCCGUCUCGGACACAGUCCGUGAGCAGGAGCAACUCCCCUACCCCGGAAUUCUUGGCCAACCGUCCGCCGAGCGCCAUGAGCAACCGUCCUCCGAGUGCUAUGAGCAACAAAUCUCCGCCGAGAGUCAACAGCAUGUCGUUCGAUUCCACCGGUCCAGCUCCUCCAUUCUCGCUCGCGCCGUCGCCGGCGACAAUAUUGCACCGCCAGUCGAUGCCUCCACAGUCGUUGAUAACGGAAACUUUGCGCGCGGAACCCGUGCGUGCCAAGCUUGAAUUCGUCGAGAAGGAUAACAGGCCGCAACUCCAGGUUACCACAAAGAUCUCGCGAGAGCCAAGUAUGAUGCAGUCCCCGAGCGUCCUGACCAAAUCGCCUUCCGUAACAUCUCUCUUGUCGCCAAUGGAGAGGGACCCGUCGACACCAGACAUCCUCACCAUGCCCCCUCACAAGCUCGUCGAGGUCCCGCCCAAUGAGCCUGCGCUCCGUAGGAGCAGCGUCGACUUGACCGGCAGGGGCCGCCGAAUCACCUCGGACAAGGAUCAACGACCACGGAUCUUCUCGCGGAGUCCCAAGCCUAAGGAUCUUGACGAUGUGCCCGAGGGAGGAGUGUCUGCUUCAGCAGCACUCACAGGCGGCGCUCGACGUGGCUCGUCCUCGUCGGCAAAGUCGCCCAAGAGCCCCAGUUUCCUGCAGCGCGUCAGCCAUUCGUUGACCAGAAAGAAGGACCUUUCUCCUCCUCCUUCUCCUCCUCCUUUCGCCGCGACUCCGGUAUCGGCACCGAAACCGGCACCGCCGCAGCCAGACGAGUCGGCCAAGAAAACAUUCCUCCACGCUGGAUCCAUCAACGUCCAACUCCCGGACACGAUGCUGUGGAAGCGGAGGUACAUGAAGAUUGACGAGGACGGAUGGCUAUUCCUGUCCCUGACCGACGACGAGAACGCGCCGCAAACCAGGCGCUACCACAUCUCGAGUGAAGUGAGGAAGAUUGAUCUGCCCGACGUCGAUGAGCAGGAGCUCCCCUACAGUGUUCGGUUGAUGCUGCUGGAAGGUGGUAUGCUGCAGUGUGCCUGCCAGAACAGUGCCGAGCAGAAGCAGGUUCUUGGUGUUGUGCGCCGGUGUUUUGAUAAGUAG